AUGGACGAAUGCUCGAAACGACAUUUAUUUACAGAAAUAUUCGGUGACAGCGAUAGCGAAGACGAUUUCAACAACGCCGAAGAAGAACUUGCAUAUGCGAGUGAUGAUGACCAUACCAAACGUAUUAUAAAAAAUUCUGCUCACAUUCAUCCGACCCUUGUGGUUCCCCAAGUCUUUCCCACUAUCCCUGGUCUCUGCCUCUGCAGAGAAGUUCUUACAGACGAAGAACAAAAGACUCUUAUAGAUGGUAUAAUAGCGGAAGGAUACUUUAGCAAUCCGGGAACGAAUCAAGCAAUGUGUUUUGGAACGCUUCCUUCUUUCAUUGUUGAUACUGUCGAGAACGUCCUAAAUAGGACAGAUGGCUUGUUACCGAAAAGUAUUCUACUCGGAAGAAGGCCGGUCUUUGAUCAGUUCAGACCAGCAUCCGAGGCGAGCAAACAGGCGCUAUCUUAUAACGGCAAUAGUAGGUCGUAUGCUCAAUCAGAUGAAAUCAUUCCGAUACUCUUGAGACCUGGCGAUGUUUUAGGAAUGAGUGGAGAAGCGAGAUACAAUUGGGAACAUGCAAUUGAAGAAACGCUGGUUGACGAAAUUAAUGGAGAGCGGAUAGUCAGGAGUGUCAGAGUUAGUAUUACUCUGAGAAAGAUGAAGGAAAGAAUUGGGUAA